UCGCUCAAGGUCAUCUCCAUCAAAGGUUAUUAGCAAUAUCUUAAGAGUUGCUUAAAUUUAAAAAUAAAUUAUAUUAAUGAAAAAAACAAAUUUUUCUAGUGAUCGAUCCUAUGUUAGACGUUUAAAGAUCACUAAGAAUCAGGUUGUGUCGACACCUGAUUGGCUGGGGAAAAAUGUUUUUUUUUUCUUUUUUUUUUUUUUGCCUCUUGUGUCUGGUCUCUCUCUCACUUUCACUAUUCGACCGAAACAUCUAAACCGCCGACGGAAAACCCUCAUCUCCCCCUCAAUUCAUCUCAGACAACACUUUUCCCUCAUCCAUCUCUCUCUUUCUUGUGUCUCUCCUCCUCUUCUACCUUCCAGAAGAUUCUAUUUUAGUGUCGCUGCUUUUGAUCAAUUGAAAAAUUUGCCCUCUCGAGAAGACGUUGAGCAUGGUGAUAUCGCUUCUCUUCUGGAUCUCGGCAUUAGCCCCACUGCUUGAACGAGCCAGGCUUCUCAUGUGGCAGCAUCUGGAAUGGCUUUUGUCCAACAAGAGCAAAGUAGGCAGGCUUGAUCUCAAAAUGAUUCCUUGGGAAUGGAGGAGGGACAAUUGCGGAGCGCUUCUCAUAGAACAAGUCUGGUCUGUUGAAGUCCGCAAGAGUCUUGACAAGCUCUCCAUUGUUAUCCCGUCUACCCUGAUAGUGACCUUCCACGGCUCUGGCAUUGCAUCGAUCGAUGCCAAUGUUGCGUCGGUCGGUGUCUUCCUGGUUGCGUCGAUUGAUGUCGUUGUUGCGUCGCUCGAUGCCACGUGCAUCAUCCUGAACCACGAUGAGUUCUUCCUGAAUGACCUGUCCUUCAGCAUCAAGUUUCUGGCCUUGUUCGUUGCGCACAUGACCCUCUUGAUCCCUCAAAACUCUAGCCGCAUCAGAUCAGGAAGGGUGGUGUAUAGCUUUCCAAGGAACAAGACCCCAGGUAGCACACCGGGAAGACCUACUCUCAUUCAAGGAAGCGGACCGGUUGACGACUGCAGAGAAUUCAAGUAUAUGGCUGUGGAUGAAGGAGAUGAGUUGGAUGAGGCUGAUGAAGCGACCUCCUCAUACGCCGACCAAAAACAAGGCGCGCAGCGGACGACCUAG